AUGCAGCCAUUACAAUGGUUGAAAAUACUACUGUUGUUGAAUUAUGGCGCCGGGCGACAAGUGCGGCUGGGACGACAAGCCGGAUAUAACUAUCAAAGGCCGAGGGUACCGUUCUUCUUACCGACCGAGAAUGUCGGCUCGAAUGUACCUUCCUAUCCCGCACAACGUUUGAACUAUCCAAGUUAUCCAAGUUAUCCAAGCUAUCCAAGUUAUCCUACUUAUAAUUAUCCUGCUCCUUAUCGACCUUUACAACCAGCCCAACCAUCAUAUCCAUCUCCUCAGCCACCACCUUCUUAUCCAUCUCCACGGCCACCACCACCCUCGUAUCCAUCUCCUCGACCACCACCUCCUUCGUAUCCAUCUCCUCGACCGCCACCUCCUUCGUAUCCAUCUCCAAGACCACCACCACAACCACCUUCGUAUCCGUCUCCUCGACCUCCAACAACAACACCACAACCGCCACCUGAAGAAGAAGAAAUAAUAAUAAUAUCUACACCAGCUCCAUAUCCUGCAUCACGCCAACCAACAUCACCAUCCCCUACACCCCAACCUCAACCAUCUUAUCCACCAUCACGACCUCCACCUAGACUUCCACCUGCUCCUCUUGCACCACCACCAUCUCAACCACCCUUUCAACCAUCUCCUAGACCAAUACCAACUUUCUUACCUCCUUCACGACCAUCUUUUACACCUACAACACCAACACCUUAUCCACCAUCAGGACCACCUUCGAGCAGACCUAGCUCGACACCUGCACCACCAUAUUUACCUCCUUAUAAUCAAGGAAAUAACAGGCAACCUACUCUCAGUGGUUCCACAGGAAGCGGCUCUUCUGGCUUUCCUUCAUCUUUUCCAAAUUCUGGAGUAGCGAAGCUCAGCGGCCCUGCUACCUCGUCAUUCUCAUUCACUAUCAAUUAUGGCACUCCAUCGAGUCCAGCUACUGCGAAUACAGCUACAGCUAAUGCAGCAUACUAUAAUACUCAAGGUCCAUCUACUUAUACGUCAACCGGAGCGUAUUCGCCAGUCACAAAAAUAACUGGACCUGUGUCUGGGCAAACAUCUUUUAGUACUCCAGGUACUCCAAGUCAAGGAAUUGGAGUGCAAGGUCCAAGUUACCCCGCGUAUUCCCAAGCACCUAGUCCAGCGUACUAUCCUGCACCUGCUCCUGCUCCUGCUCCUGCUCCUGCUCCUGCUCCAGCAGCACAACCAGCACCAAAUUUUCUUACAGCUACUUAUCCUAUUGAAACACCUCCUAAUACUGGCUUACAAGCAGCCUUCAAUCCUGCUCCACCAUUCCAAACAAGCCCUCCUACUGUACCAGCAGUAAAUUAUGUUCAAAAUCCAGCUGUAAAUUAUGCUCAAAGUCCAGCUGUAAAUUAUGUUCAAAGUCCUGCAGUUCAAGGACCUCCUAUUCAAACUUAUUAUCCAGCUCCUGGUACUGCAGUUGCUCAGCCAGGUUAUCCAAGUGUUUAUCAAUCUGUUGCUCCAGCACCAGCACCAGCUCCAGCACCAGCCCAAGCUCCAGCAUUUUUACCUAGUCCUGCCUAUCAAACAUAUCCUAGUCCUGCACAAUCGACUUUUGUAAGCCCACCAGCGCAAACCUACCUCGCGACAAACGUUCCCAGUUAUCCUAGUUACCAGCAACAAUCACCAGCACCACCAAUGUACAAUUAUCAGCCAUCGAUACCAGCAGUACAACAACAGCAACCGUCGUUUGUUCCAAGUGGUCCACCAGCUAUAAGUUAUAUUCCGCAAGCGGGAUAA